AUGGCUCCCCAGUACCGUCCAUCUAUACAUAUUCGUACUGCGGGUCAAGAGGAAGCAGGACAGCAGACUUUUGUCAUUGCUUGCUCUUUAACUGGCACUGGCGUCUUUUUAACCAUCGUCAUUUUUAUAUUUGGCUAUAUAUGGCACUCUCAAAUGGGAAGCCGAAGAUCUUGGCUAUUGUCGCGUCUCAAACCAUCACGGAAAGCAACUCGGCCCAGUGCUGAAUAUAAUAGUGAUCGAGAUUAUGAGUUACCUAACCAACUCACCAAGCCGUCGCCAUGCGCAUUUCCCUUGAAAUUAAAACAGCAGGAGAUCAUGCGUCCUCCACUUCCACCUCCUCGAUACGUCCAACCUCUAAACCCGCCCAGUUUUCAUAACCGAUCGCUCCCUGGCUUUCAGUGGAAACGAAAAUGCCCGCCUAAGCUCGAGCCCUUGCCAGAGACAGAGUCCUUUACACACACCACAGUCCGCGAAUUUGACAGAACUUCGAAUAAACUGUCUGCUUUUGAACAAAAGGAGUACGGCUCUGUGGAGUUCCGUGGUUCUCUUGAUGAGCUAUCGACAAUACCAAAUCACGUCAAUAUAUCAACAAGUCUGACACGGACCGUACUAGCCCAUACAUAUUCGGAUGACGCCUCUCAUUUCAUGGACAAUGCGAUACCAAGCCCGUCACUAUAUUUCUCGGCCAGUAUUGAUGUCGAAUCUUUGAUGUUCCCAUCAGAAACCAAUAACACAGAAUCCUGUUUAUUAUCAAGGUCAAGGACAAAGAGUAGCAGCGUAAUCCUGCUGCCCGGAAGCAGCCCCGAUUCCAAACAAAAUUCAGUCGAGGGCAGCAAGCCCUUGCGAGUAACUCCAUCAAUUAUCUCCCGCUGGAGGAGGAUCCGAGAUAUGACAGAAUAUCAGAACGAAGAACCAUGCCCUUCCGAAUGCCCUAUAUCGCCUAUCUGGUCGGACGGUACUGAGCAGGCUUCGAACUGA